CUUGGCCCUUGCUCAACUCUCUUUAUAAUUCCAAGACUUUGCCAGCUUCAGUUUCAUCUCUCUCUCUCUCUCCCCCUCUCUAUCAGAAAAAUCUCUUAUCUAUCUUGUCCAUAUAUCAGCUAGCUUUUUGUGAAUCUUUCUCAUUUCGAUUGUAUAUUUUGAUACUUCUAAUUAGAUCAUACAUAUAAAUAUAUUUGCUUAAUAAUUUUCAUGGAGUUGCAAAGAUUUGUUUGCCUGCUGAUCUUGUUGGUGUCAUUUUUUGGGGUUAUUUCUUCAUGCCAAGGCUACAAAUUCGAUGUUGGUGGAAAAGAUGGAUGGGUUUUGAAGCCCUCAGAGGAUUAUAAUCACUGGGCUGGAAGAAACAGAUUUAAAGUCAAUGACACUCUCUAUUUUAAGUACAAGAAAGGAUCGGACUCUGUGUUGGUGGUGAACAAAGACGAUUACAACAAGUGCAACACAAAGAAUCCAAUUCAAAAACUUGAAGAUGGUGAUUCUGAAUUCAAAUUUGAUAGGUCAGGUGCAUUCUUUUUCAUCAGUGGGAAAGAUGGAAAUUGUGAAAAGGGUCAGAAAUUGAAUGUUGUUGUUUUAGCUGUGAGACCCAAACCAUUCCCUCUCCCUCAUCCUAAAACUCCUCCACCAUCAUCCCCCGGAGCUCACCCUCCAACCGGGUCAGGACCCAUUUCUCAACCUCCUCUCGCUCAACCUCCAACUGGGCCCCAACCCAUUUCCCCAUAUCCCCAUGUUCACCCUCCCACGGCAACUCCUCCAACAGGGUACGGACCCGUUUCCCCAUCCGGACCAUCUCCUCAGGCUCACCCUCCAACCGGAUCCGGACCAGUUUCUCCAUCCGGGCCUUCCCCUCAGGCUCACCCUCCAACCGGGUACGGACCCGUUUCUCCAUCCGGGCCAUCUCCUCAGGCUCAACCUCCUACUGGUUCAGGACCAAUUUCUCCAUCCGGGCCAGCACCUCAAGCUCAACCUCCAACCGGGUCGGGACCCGUUUCGCCAUCGCCAUAUUCACCUGGACCAGCUGGUGCACCAUCGCCGUCGGCCGAGACUCCGACAACGUCUCCGGCGUUAACUCCAUCAUCACCACCAUCUCCGACGGAGCCAUCACCGCCUUCAAGUACGCCAGCACCGGCACAGCCGACUCCGACACCGACCAGUCCGGCAGGUUCGCCGACGUCGAACAGCUCGGAGAACCUGGGAGCACCACCGGGGUCUUCGCCGAAUAAUAGUUCAUACGCUGCUGAAAGUGUAACUCCAUCGACUGUGUUGGUGUAUUCGGUUACACUUUUGGUUAGUGUGGGUUUGACUGGCUUUCUGAGCGGUUCUCUCUGAAUGUAAUAAUUAAUAACGUAUAGCUAGGCAGAAGGUUUCACUUUCUCCUCCAUUAGGCUUAAAUUUUUUCCAUUACUUAGUUUUUUUUUUUUUUAAUAAUUAUUAUUCUUAUUCUAUUUUAUGUGGUGUCAUAAUUACAAUCCUAUAUAGGGAUGUGGAUUUUUUUUUUAUAUUAAUAAUAAAUGGUUUCAAUA